AUGUAUCGCACUCUUGUUUUAGCUGCUUCUCUACUUUCCGUUGCCCGCGGCCAGCUCGUGGGCACGGAGAAGACCGAGACUCAUCCUGGAAUGACUUGGCAGUCAUGUACAGCUAAGGGCAGCUGCACGAGCAAGAACGGGAAGAUUGUUAUCGACUCUAACUGGCGCUGGCUCCACGUCAAGGGCGGGUAUGUCCUAAUCAGCUCAAUCUUACCGCAAGUCUCGUACACCAAUUGCUACACCGGCAACGAGUGGAACGCUACUGUCUGCAAAGACAACAAAGCCUGCGCCGCCAACUGUGCAGUCGAUGGUGCCGACUACACGGGUACAUACGGCAUCACCGCGAGCGGAAACUCUCUGCAGUUGAAGUUCGUUACGAAAGGCUCUUCUACCACAAACAUCGGAUCGCGUACGUAUCUUAUGAAGGAUGAUACAACAUAUGAGAUGUUUAAAUUUGGUGGGAAUCAGGAGUUUACAUUCGACGUUGAUCUGUCGAACCUGCCUUGCGGUCUUAACGGCGCACUGUACUUCGUCUCUAUGGACGCCGACGGUGGCUUGAAGAAGUACUCGACCAACAAGGCCGGUGCUAAAUAUGGUACUGGCUAUUGUGAUGCUCAAUGUCCAAGGGAUAUGAAAUUCAUCAACGGCGAGGGCAACGUCGAAGGCUGGACUGCCUCUUCUAACGACCCUAAUGCUGGUGUGGGCGGUCACGGCUCCUGCUGCGCUGAGAUGGAUAUCUGGGAAGCUAACUCCGUCAGCACGGCGGUGACACCUCAUUCGUGCUCUACCAUCGAGCAGUCACGCUGUAAUGGCGAUGAGUGCGGUGGAACAUAUUCUGCAGACCGCUAUGCGGGCGUGUGCGAUCCUGAUGGCUGCGACUUCAACAGCUACCGUAUGGGCGUGAAAGACUUCUAUGGAAAAGGAAAAACUGUUGACACCUCCAAGAAGUUUACCGUUGUCACACAGUUCAUCGGCACUGGAGAUGCCAUGGAGAUCAAGCGCUACUAUGUCCAAAACGGAAAAGUCAUUCCCAACAGUCAAUCUACCAUUCCGGGCGUCGAAGGAAACAGUGUCACAACUAAAUUUUGCGACGCUCAGAAGAUUGCCUUCAAGGAUAAGUACACGUUCAAGGAUAAGGGUGGAAUGGCCAACAUGGCCAAAGCUCUUGCUAAUGGCAUGGUUCUUGUCAUGUCAUUGUGGGACGAUCACUAUUCCAACAUGCUAUGGCUCGACUCGACUUAUCCGACCGACAAGAAUCCCGAAACCGACCUUGGUAGCGCGCGUGGGGAAUGCGAGAUAACCUCCGGUGUCCCGGCGGAUGUUGAGAGCAAAUCUGCUAGUGCAUCGGUCACCUUCUCGAACAUCAAGUUUGGUCCGAUAAACUCGACCUUCGGUUAAAUUACGGACACUGUAGGGUAUUUGCAACAUAUAACGAAGGUUGUACAUAUAAACAGAUCUAUUGUACAUAGCCCGAUGUCAGGAAGAGUCACUCAUUUAGUCAGGAAGAAUCCAAGAUCAAAACGUGCG